UGAAAACAUUUCAACCGUUUUUCUUAUUUUCAAAAAACAAUUGUUUCUUGUUUUUCUCGAAUUUCAUUUAUUUAUUAUUUUUAUUUUAAGAGAACAGAAGCUACUACUCAUCCAGAGUGCAUACUAGAUUCUUGUAGCGAGCUAACAAAUUUCAGAUUUUGAACACAAAAAUCUGUGUCUCAAACUUGAUCAGACUUCAAAAACAUACUCAAAAUCAACUAUUUGACUCUUUCAUUUGCUUCUAAUUGAGAUGGGUAGGUCUCUAAUUUCCUUCUCAAACAUUUCUCUGAAAUUUUCUUACAUACUCAAAUCAUUUCCACCUCUCAAUCACUCAAACCAGUGCCCAUUUCUCAAACCCAGUAACAAUUUCUCAUCUGGGUAUAAAAAAGUUUCGACUUUGAGUACAAAACUGGGGAGAAAAGUUUCUACAACGGCUGUGUUGUCUGAGACUUCUUAUCAGAAAGACUACCCUAAAAUUGGUGCUAAAUCCACCGGACCUAUUCCUCCUAGCCAGCUCAUUCAAGUUGUUGAGACUGCUGCUAAAACUGGUGCUGAGGUUGUGAUGGAUGCUGUGAAUAGGCCUCGUAAAAUUACAUAUAAAGGACUCACUGACUUGGUGACCGACACAGAUAAAAAUAGUGAGGCGGCUAUAUUAGAAGUUGUGAAAAAGAAUUUUGGAGAACACCUCAUUCUUGGAGAAGAGGGUGGAAUCAUCAGAGACACAACAUCUGAUUAUCUCUGGUGUAUUGAUCCUUUAGAUGGAACAACAAACUUUGCACAUGGUUAUCCUAGCUUUGCUGUUUCUGUUGGAGUUCUAGUUCAAGGAAAUCCUGCUGCUGCUGCUGUGGUAGAGUUUGUGGGUGGCCCUAUGUGUUGGAAUACCCGUAUAUUUUCUGCAACUGCUGGUGGAGGAUCAUUCUGUAAUGGUCAAAAAAUUUACGUCAGUCAAACUGAUCAGGUGGAGCGAUCUCUUUUAGUGACUGGCUUUGGAUAUGAGCAUGAUGAUGCAUGGGCAACUAAUAUAGAAUUAUUCAAGGAAUUUACUGAUGUCAGCCGGGGUGUGAGAAGACUUGGAGCUGCUGCCGUGGACAUGUGCCAUGUAGCUCUUGGGAUUGUAGGAAGCUAUUGGGAAUAUCGUCUAAAGCCAUGGGAUAUGGCUGCAGGUGUUUUGGCCCAAAGGAGUUAAUACAGAAGGCAGCCCAGGGAGCAUGGAUAAUGGCCCAGCUGAGAGCAAAAGGGAAGACCAAAUGAAGGAGGGCAGUCUGGACAAAGCACCUAGGCAGCUGAAAUUAAUUGAAGGCCCUUUUCCAGAAAUCAGAGAAGAGCCUGCAGUGGUGGGGACCAUAGACAGUUAGGAGGCGGCACAUAAAAUAGGAAAAAGCAGGGAAGAGCUGCAGAGGAUUAUGGAUGUUAUUUUGAGCUGCUGAGUAGAAGUGGAGAGGGCUGGCUCUCAAAACCCAGCAUUCCUGGAGUUUAUUGUUAUUUUGCUGUUGCUGUUAUUUUUACUGUUGCUGUUAUUUUGCUGUUGCUGUUAUUGUUUGAUUUCGGUUAGUGUUCUUGUUGGUGGAUUUGUGGAGAACUUGUAUUUGUGUUGAUGAACAUUAUAAUGAAGCUUGAGCAAGUUAAUGUAAUUUUCUGUCAACAUGGAUAUGUAGUGAACAGUAAACUUUAUUGAAUAGAAAUCCUUCCAGUACAA